AUGGAGAACGAAGAACUCUCCAUCAUAAGAUUUAACGAGGACACAAAGCCGCCAUAUGCGAUACUCUCUCACAUGUGGGGAGCAGAAGCAGACGAAAUAUUCGCUUCUGUGGGGAACAAGCCCAGGAGCAUGGCUUGCAGUACUUCUGGGUCGAUACUUUGCUGCAUCGACAAGGCAAAUCAGGCUGAGUUGUCCCUGGCCAUCCGCUCUAUGUUUCUCUGGUACCGCAACGCAGCGCGAUGCUACGCCUACCUGUCAGACGAAGCAGACUUUUGCAAGAGUGAGUGGUUUACCCGUGGCUGGACGCUUCAGGAGCUUCUUGCACCUAGCUCGAUUCACGAGGUUACCAACAUUCCGCGGACAGCGUUACAAGGGACUCCGUUAUCUCAAUUUGGCGUCGAAGAGCGGCUACGGUGGAGUGAACACCGGCGCACCACGCGUCUAGAAGAUAACGUGUAUUCACGAUUCGGUAUCUUCGAUGUCGAUUUAGCGCCAUGCUAUGGAGAAGGUCUAGUUGGAGCCUUUGGGCGGUUUCAUGACGAGAUCAAUAAGACAGAACAGUGCAUCCGGGACUUAUGCAGCACAGACUCAGGUGAUGACAAGAAGCGCAUCGAGGACACCAAGGGCGGGUUGCUCAAAGAAUCGUAUUGUUGGGUCCUUCACAGCGAUACUUUCCAGCAAUGGUAUAAAGACUCAGAGAACCAAUUACUGUGGAUCAAGGGUGACCCGGGCAAGGGCAAGACGAUGCUGCUUUGUGGUAUCAUCGACGAGCUCCAAAGUCUGAUGCUACAUGGUCCCCGACUGUCGUACUUCUUCUGUCAAGAGUUUAAUGGACGCAUUAAUAGCGCCACGGCUGUGUUACGAGGGCUGUUGUACAUGAUGGUGAGCCAACAGCUAUCGCUUGUGUUACAUAUCUGGAGAAAGUACGACCGUUUAGGCAAGACUAUGUUCGAGGAUCUAAACGCGUGGUUUGCCCUGGUGGAAAUCCUUACGGACGUGCUGCGGGACCCGAGAUUGACCACUGCGUACUUAAUCAUCGACGCGUUAGAUAAGUGCGUCACUGGCCUGCCAAAGCUGCUUGACUUUAUUGCAAAGCAGUCUUUUGCCUCUUCCCGCGUUAAGUGGAUUGCAGGCUGCGAGAUCAGGCUCAGCCUCGAGCUAAAUGCAACCUCUGUGACGACGGCCGUCUUGGCAUUUAUUAAGCAAAGGGUUUCUAAGCUCGCGCAGCAGAACAAGUACGACGAACAAACUGAGCGCGCCUUGAUCAAGAAUCUAGUGUCGAACGCAGAUGACACCUUCCUAUGGGUAGCGCUCGUCUGCCAGCAUACUGAAAAAACGAACAAGCGACACGUUCUGAGGAAGCUGAAGUUGUUCCCGCCUAGACUGAACUCCCUGUACCAGCGGAUGUUGCAGCAGAUUUUCAAGAUAGAUAAUGCUGAGCUCUGCAAGCAGGUGCUGGCUGCGGUUACACUCUUGUAUCGGCCAGUUACGCUCAAGGAGCUGGUGACCCUUGUUAAGCAACUGGAAGACAUAGCCGACGAUACCGAGUUACAGGAGAUCAUUAAGCUUUGCGGCUCGUUCCUCACCCUACGAGAGCACACUGUGUACUUUGUUCACCAAUCAGCUAAGAAAUUUCUUCUUGAUAAUGCAGAUCAAGAGCUUUCCCCAGCCGGACCGGAGGCCGUCCAUCAGACCUUCUUCACCAGGUCACUUCAAAUCAUGUCUACAACUCUGCGGCGGGACAUGUAUGGCCUAGAAGCUCUAGGUAUGACUAUCGACGAAAUUAAGAUGCCUGAGCCAGAUCCGCUAGCAGCGCUGCGCUGCUCAUGUGUUCACUGGAUCGACCACCUAUGCGAAUUGAAGCCUACCUCUUCGGCGACCUAUGCAGGAUAUCUGCGAGAUGGGGACGUUGUUGAUGAGUUCUUGAGCAAAAUGUAUCUGUAUUGGCUAGAGUCUCUUAGCCUUUGCAAGAGCGUGUCCAAAGGCGUAGUCUCGAUGGGGAAGCUACAGAUAUUAGUGCAGCGACAGAGAGAGGCGACUGGGUUUACCCGACUUGUGUACGAUGCACAUCGAUUCGUUAUGUACCACAAACAAGCGAUCGAGAGUAGCCCUCUUCAGGCCUAUAGAUCUGCACUGCUGUUCAGCCCUACUCAGAGUAUAGUGAGACAGCUGUUUCAGCAGGAAGGGCCAAAAGAUAUCACCGUCAACCUAGACAUAGGUGACGAGUGGACGGCGUGUCUGCAGACGCUUGAGGGCCAUGUUGCGGCGGUCACCUCAGUGGCCUUCUCACUUGAUGUGAGACGGCUGGCAUCAGCGUCCCAGGAUAGAACUAUCAAGAUCUGGGACGUGAGUAGCGGCGCAUGUAUGCUGACGCUUAAGGGCCAUGGCGAUGCGGUCAACUCUGUUGCAUUCUCCCCUAACAUGACACGGCUAGCAUUACCAACCUAUAACAGCACUAUUAAGAUCUGGGAUAUAAGCAGUAGCAGUGGCGCAUAUCUGCAGACGCUCAAGGGCCAUAGCAGAAGGGUCAGAUCUGUUACAUUCUCCCCUGACCUAACGCGGCUGGCGUCAGCAUCAUAUGACGGUGCUGUCAAGAUCUGGGAUAAGAGCGGCAAUCUAUUGAACAGUCCCCUUGCUUAG